UCCGCUGCCAGUUGCCACUUUGUCUAUUGUCAAUGGAUGCACAAUGCACAUAUGUGACGGCUACUUGAUGCACAUGCUUUUACUGCUUGUGUUGGUGGCUGGUGAGGCUUUGCCACACCAGAAGUCGCUGCAGCAACCACAACAACGGAAUAGAGACGAUGCCAAGCGCGUCGGCAACGAUUACGGUCCGGUGAUAUACAUCAGCUCUGCCGUGCUGCAGCUGGCACCCGAUGACAAAACACAAUUACUGCUGUUGCCGUUAGCCGAGAGCAGUAGCACCAGUAGCAGCUCAUACCACCCAAUCCUCCCGCACAUCUAUGCACUGGAUGGGCUGUUGCCAGUGCCUGCUGCACAUCAGCCGCGGUUGACGAUCAGCGAUAAUCUGGACUUCCAGGAACGCAACACAAACAAUGUAAAGUCCCAUGGCCACUAGAAAGCACCGCUCACAGCAACAGACUUGGACGCAUGUGAGGAGUUUUCAGUAUAAGCUU